UUGAGAUCGGAAGCCGGCCUAGGAUGCCAUCGUGCUCGCAAACUUCGGCAUGUGGUCUUAUUAUUUUGGAUGUUCUCUGGAGACGGAGACUGCGUUCCCUUCCGCACAGCAAGGCGGCCUUUCAUUCAUACUGCAGUGGAGUUUUUUCCAAAUGUGUACCGUUUAGCCGUGAAAUAAACCCAUUCACUUCCAGACUCGGUUCAAGAGCUGACAUUCAGAUGUCUAGACAAAUACACAUGUCGUCCAUCGCCAUGUCUCAGAGGAUGGUUUGGGUGGACCUCGAGAUGACAGGGCUGGACAUUGAGAAGGACCAGAUCAUUGAGAUGGCCUGCAUUAUCACAGACUCUGACCUUAACAUUUUAGCUGAGGGUCCCAACUUGAUCAUCAACCAGCCAAAUAAGCUUCUUGAAGGAAUGUCUGAGUGGUGUAAAGAGCAUCAUGGAAAGUCAGGACUUACGCAGGCUGUAAAGGACAGUAAAAUCACCCUGGAACAAGCUGAGUAUGAGUUCCUGUCCUUUGUCAGACAGCACACCCCACCUGGACCGUGUCCCCUCGCCGGUAACUCUGUGCAUGCGGACAAGAGGUUCCUGGACAAGCACAUGCCACAGUUUAUGCAUCACCUUCACUACAGAAUCGUUGAUGUUAGCACCAUUAAGGAGCUUUGCAGACGGUGGUUUCCUGAGGAAUACAAAAUGGUGCCUCACAAGAAAGCAGCCCACAGAGCCUUGAAUGACAUCCAGGAGAGCAUUAAAGAGCUGCAGUACUACAGAGCCAACGUCUUUAAAGCCUCAGAGGAGAAGAAGCCCAAGAUUGUGGAAAACCGCGACUUUUGAAAGAGGCUAUGGAACAUUCAGUGUUUUUUCCCCCUUAUGUUAAGAAAGAAAUGUUCCCAUUCAAUUCAAUUUAUAUGCCUGUUUUCAUUGAUUUUAAUUUAUAUCUAGCCUCCCAAUGAUCCUUUGUUAAAGUAUUAGCCAUGAGUUAAAUGUAGAAGUUUCAUCAAGGGAAGUAAGAUUCAUAUAUAGAAGUUGUGAAUGUGUCAGGUUUUCAUUAAAAUUACAUGAAACUGAAAAAUGGGUUAAUCAAAUCAUGGAAGCAAUGUAUUCUUUCAGAAAAUCCACGUUUUAGUUAUUCUUGGCUGGAGAUGUCUGUUGGGAGCCUAAACGGUGAAAAUGCAGCCCUAAGCGUUCAGUUUGAAUGAAAACAUAAAACUGAAAUCUACUCUUCUUUUUUUUUUAUUUACUCAUUUUUUAUUUAGUUUUCAACAACAUAACAAUAUAUCUUUUCAUACAGUCAUUUUCAGUUGUAUGUCUUGGUACACAUGGUAUUCAGGUACAGUGUACAACACAGUGAGAACAACAAACAUCAAAUGGUGCUCACUCCAUGAAAUGAAAAGAGGGUAAUAAUGAAUAGUAGGGAUCAGGCCCGGGGUGGGUAAUCGGGAGAAUCGGGAGAGUUCCCGGUGGGCCGCUUCACUUCUGGGCCGGUCGAGAAUUUUAUCUGUUGACAUUUGUCACGUUAGUCCAUCUUCUCUUAAAGUGGGCUACACACGUUCAGCAUUCUGACACCGCAGCCUCUGCAUGGGUUGUACCAUGCGAGGAAGUUCACCCCUCCCAAAUAAUAGAGUUGGUUCAGUCCAUUAUGGAACCCAACCAACUCAAUUUGGGAGAGGAGAACUUCACCCCUCCAAAAUAGAGUUGGUUCGGUCCUUAGCCGUCUUUUCCAAAAAGUUUUCUUAGCUACGGAUAGCUGGGCCGGCCCGACCGCAACGAUACGCGUCAGGGAGGAUGGACGGGAGGAAGAGGUCAGGAGGGGCUGAAGAAGCCAGGUUGAAAAAAAGAAAGGCAUUGGGGGAGGAUGCUGCCAAAUGUGCCAAGCUUACAGAUUUAUUUUCAAGAGGACAAACACAAGUGGCAACUGGUAAAGAGAGACAAAGGCCUAAUGAUUAGCAACAUAACUAUUCGGCUAACGUAGCCUUGAUUAAUAUCAUUGGAGCGUUGUCAACCUAUUCCCAAGCAAAAUAUUAAAUUGAAUUAAAAUAUUAGCCUUUUUAUAUCACCCAAAAUAUGGCGAUCCAUAGACUUUGCAAAUAUUAUGCAAAUAUUGAUAUAUACUAUUGAUAUUGAUAUUGAAGUAUGCAGUAAUAUCACUCUUAAUUUUUCUUUGUAGCUUCGGAGCAGCAGAUAAGACAAAAGUUAUAUAUUCUAAGAAAGAGCAGGACAGUACUUGAUGAACCAAUAUGCAUUGUUUGCUCAGAAGUGGGUGUAGUAAAGGAGUAAAUCACCACUAUAUAAUACUCAUGCAGAAAAAUGAUAAUGACCAUGACAAUGACGGCCCCCAUGAGGUCUCACUCCAACAAAUCUGGCCUACUGCCUAAUCUGAGUCUGACACCCCUGCUACGCCCUUCUGCCUUUUUUAAUGUUGUGCAUAUUUUUUGUUAACUUCUCAUCUUAAGUGGAUUAUUAUUGUUGUAUUUAACCGUUACAUUAUUUGUUGGACCAUGGUAUUAAUAAAAGAACUACAGGAUAGUAAGAGCUGAA